GUGACUUUUUCCAAUUUGGUUUUGCGCGUGAAAUUUCACAAUUUUUUGCUUGGGACUAAUAAACAAAACAUUACACGGUGGCUUGAAGAUAUGACUUUUAUCUUCUCGUGUUAAAAACAAUAUUUUACUCACUCGUAAAAUAUUGUUUUCACCACUCGAAGAUAAAAGUCAUAUCUUCGCGCCGCCGUGUAAUAUCCUCUAUAUACUGCGGUAUUACUGCCCAUCAUAGGUCAUCAUACUAUAUCUACUCUAUACUCGAAAAUUUAAUUAUACACUUGAUAAAGUUUGAUCAGUCCUAGGUCUGGAUGAAGUUUUGAUCGAGUCUUAGGACUGGAUACAGUUUUAAUCAAGUCCUAGGACUGGACAAAAAGUCUUCACAUAACAGUACUACUGCUUGUACCGGAUGCUGAGGCACAUAUUUUGACCAUAAAAGGUCAUGCUUUAUAUCAGAAUUUAUUAGCGGAUGGUUCAUAUUUCAAAGUAUAAGACAAUUAAAACUUCAAGGCAAACGACAUCAUAGUCUGUGAUGUAGGACAGACAAGCAUUGAUGUUACAAUGGAAACAGUCAGAUUUCAGAAUGUGAGACUCUAUUAAUCAGUGAAUAAGUCAAGCGAUGGCAACAGGUUAUGAAGAUAGCAGAUUUGAAACGCAAGUUGAUGAAAGCCUUCACUGCGUAAUAUGCACAGAAGUAUUAAAAGACCCAGUACAAUGUCGUAGGAAUGAACAUCAUUUCUGUAGGAAUUGUAUCACUGAACAUCUACGACAUUCACGGAAAUGUCCGAUAUGUAAAGACCCCUUGACCGUAGAGACCCUGGCCAGACCUCAACGAUUCCUGGCGAACAUACUGUCAAGUUUGAAGAUUUCGUGCGAGAAUUCCGAGCGUGGUUGUCGCAAAGUUGUCGAACUUGGCUCACUCGACACACACGUAGCAACUUGUGGUUUCAGUCCAGUGCCAUGUUCCAACGAUCAAUGUCAGGAAAUAAUAAGUCGACGUGAUAAAGAAAUUCAUGAAAAUAAAGUUUGUGGUUUUCGACGAGUCAAGUGUGAUUACUGCGCCCAAAUGGUGCUGUAUAAGGACUUUAUGCAGCAUACAUGUCCACCAAGGCAAAAAAUUCAUGAAAUCAAAGCCGAGUUGAAAGAAAUUCGUUCUAAGCAAGAUGAAAUGUUGAGAAUGAUGUCCAAUCUUACGAGGACACCACAACGCCCAGAAAGCAGUCAUGAAAGCAGUGCUCACUCUGUUCAGGAAUUGCAAGCCGAGAUUGUCGUCGCAGGGGGGUUGCAUUGUAAAUCUGUCGAAGUGUUCAACAUGGCCACCAAAACAUGGCGGACAUUGUCAGAAAUGAAUGAAUGCAGAGGUGCAGCAAGCUUAGUUUUACACCAAGGUCACAUGAUCAUGACUGGCGGAUAUUCCGUCCGGGACCUGGACAGUGUUGAAGAACUAAAUCAUGUAGAUGGACAAUGGAUUGAUAAAACUCACAUCAAAUUACCAGCACCGUCCAGUGGCCACACAUGUGUGGUACAUCAGAAUCGUCUCCUCGUCAUUGGAGGAGAUUUUUCCGACGAGAUCAGUGAUGCAAUACAUGAAAUUCAGCUGACCCCUCCCUUUACAUCAAGGUUGCUUACCAAGAUGCCACGGGCAAUAUGUUACCAUGGUACUGUGAUAGUAAAUGACAAGGUUUACAAUAUUGGUGGUAGUACAACAGGAUUUGGGAAAGACACAACAGACUACGUCCUCAUGUUUGAUCCAGCAACCAAUACUUGUACACACCUCAAUCCACUUCCAUAUCCGGUAUCAGAAAUGACAACAGCAACUUGGAAAGACACUGUGGUUGUCCUUGGCGGGGAGGACAAGGAAGGCAACAUCCUCAAUGAAGUAAUAUUGUAUAAUGUUGCUACAAAAAGGUACCGUAUGUUGCCAGAGAUGAGACAGAAGCGAAGUGGUUGCACAGCAGUGACUAUCGGUGAUAAUAUUAUCACAAUGGGAGGUAGGGAUGAAACGUCCACUGAACUCAGGUCUGUCGAAUGUUAUAAUUUCCAAACGAACACAUGGACGGAGUUCCCAGCCAUGGCUGAAGCACGAGCUUAUGCUACUGCUGUUGUAAAAUAUCCCUAAGAUGCUUUACAUUUUAGUACAAUUAGAAACUCGAAAUCUGUAUAUAUCGUGGUUAAUAAUUAUAUUUGCUUACCUCAGCAUGGUUUAAACUUGAUAAAAUCGCGUGAUAUUGGGACAACAUCUGCUUCAAGCCAUCAACAUACUUGAUAUAUUUUUCCUCCUAAAAUGAACAGAGUUUGACCUUCUUAUACAAUCUACGUCAAAGAGUGCCUUACGUAUGUAAAACAACACCCAAAGAGUUUGAAUUAUUGCACAAAAGUUACAAAACUACCGUUGCUAUGGUUACAAUGCCGUUUCGAAAACGACAUCGGUGACCUCCAAUUUUAGUUAAUAU